AUGGCCAACCAAAAAGUCGCUUUGAUUGUCAUCGAUGGCUGGGGUAUUGCUGGCCCCAACUCACCCCCUCAGGGUGAUGCCAUCGCCGCCGCCGAUACUCCUUUCAUGUCCAGUUUCGCCGAAAAGGACUCCAAGACUGCCCAGGGCUACACCACUCUCGAUGCCUCUUCCCUUGCCGUCGGUCUCCCCGAGGGCCUUAUGGGUAACAGUGAGGUCGGUCACCUGAACAUCGGUGCCGGUCGUGUUGUCUGGCAAGACAGUGUCCGCAUUGAUCAGACUCUCAAGAAGGGUGAGAUGAACAAGGUGGAAGCCGUUGCUAAGGCCUUCACUCGCGCCAAGGAGGGCAAUGGCCGUCUGCACCUGGCUGGUCUCGUUUCCGACGGUGGUGUUCACUCCAACAUUACCCACCUGUUCGCCCUGCUCGAGGUUGCCAAGGAGUACCAGAUUCCCGAGGUCUACAUCCACUUCUUCGGUGAUGGCCGUGAUACCGACCCCAAGAGCGCCACUAUCUACAUGGAGCAGCUUCUGGCUAAGACAAAGGAGCUUGGUGUUGGUGCCAUUGCCACCGUUGUUGGCCGUUACUACAUCAUGGACCGCGACAAGCGCUGGGAGCGUGUCGCCGUCGGCCUGAAGGGUCUGGUCACUGGCGAGGGUGAGGACAGCUCAGACCCGCUUCAGACCAUUAAGGAGCGCUACGAGAAGAAGGAGAACGACGAGUUCCUGAAGCCCAUCAUCGUUGGUGGCCAGCAACGCCGUAUUCAAGAUGAUGACACUGUCUUCUUCUUCAACUACCGCUCUGACCGUGUUCGUGAAAUCACUCAGCUGCUGGGUGAUUACGACCGCUCCCCCCUCUCUGACUUCCCCUACCCUAAGAACAUCUCCCUCACCACCAUGACCCAAUAUAAGACCGACUACACUUUCCCCGUUGCCUUCCCUCCUCAGCACAUGGGCAAUGUCCUCUCCGAGUGGUUGGGCAAGAAGAGCCUUCAGCAAUGCCACAUUGCCGAGACUGAGAAAUACGCACACGUUACUUUCUUCUUCAACGGAGGUGUUGAGAAGCAGUUCCCCGGUGAGAUCCGUGACAUGAUCCCAUCUCCCAGAGUCGCCACCUACGAUCUCGACCCUAAGAUGAGCGCCGCCGAAGUCGGUGUCAAGAUGGCCGAGCGCCUUGGUGAGGACAAGUUUGACUUCGUCAUGAACAACUUCGCCCCUCCUGAUAUGGUUGGCCACACUGGUGUGUACGAGGCAGCCAUUCAGGGCGUUACUGCCACCGACAAGGCCAUUGGUGUGAUUUACGAGGCCUGCAAGAAGAACAACUACAUUCUCUUCAUCACCGCUGAUCACGGAAACGCCGAGGAGAUGCUCAACGAUAAGGGUACCCCCAAGACUUCCCACACCCUCAAUCACGUUCCUUUCGUUAUGGCCAACGCCCCCGAGGGCUGGAGCCUUGGUAACGAGAGUGGUGUCCUGGGUGAUGUUGCGCCCACUGUCCUCGCUGCUAUGGGUGUUGAGCAGCCCGCUGAGAUGACUGGCAAGAGUCUGCUGGUUAAGUCAUAG